AAUCACCCGGGAACGCGACGCGAUGGCGUGUGGGCGCUGCACCCCGUGGGUACCACCGACUCCCGGCUGCUCGGCGGUGGUGGGAACCCACCGUGGCUUUGCAGAGCCUCAGCGGUUGAGGGGGGCUGCGUCGUUGUUUCCCCCCCCUCCCCUCCCCUUCGCCUGGCACCAGCUCCCACGGGCAGCCCGGCCCUGCUGCACGCCGUGGCGUUGAGCGAGAGCGGAGGGAGAUGGGGCUCUGGUUUUUUCCGCCUUGCCGCUAGCGCACUCUCGCCCUCCUCUCGUGUUGCAGUGCAGGUUGGCCAGGCAGCGGGCAAACAGCUCACGGGGAGGAAAAAGGGGGUGCCUGGAGGAGCCGGGGCUUUGCAGAUGCUCCUUUCGAGCCCCCAGCAGCUUGCUACCUUCUUGGUGUUUUUUCCAGGCGAUGCCACACCUCCCGAGGACACUGGGGACAUCGGGUUUUGCUGAGCUUAGCAUCUUUUCACCGUCGUACCGAAGGCAUCAGACAGACGCUCAUCUGCCCUGAAGUGCAGAUCUGCAACAGCUACCGAGAAGACUCUGUCUCUCUGUCUCUCUGUCUCUCUUUCUCUCUCUCUCCAGUCCAAACCAUUACAAGACCUGACUUCCACCAUCUGGGAAUCUAACCCCUUUUAUGUCCCUUCUCCUUUUUCUACGAUGACUCACCAUUAUUUUUAACUUUGAAGAGAGAGGAAAUUAUGGGGAUCUUGGAAGCCUGUAUUUCUCUCUAGGAUUUCCCCAGGGUCAGAUAAUCGGUGUUACUAAGAGACACUAAGAUUUGGCUUCUCCAGCAGGGGCAAUUUUCUUUCUUUUUUUUUAUUUUCUCUUUUUUUUUUAUCAUCCCUUCGCCUUUUCAUGAGACACUUCCAAACCUACGUACCUGUCCUUCUGCAGGAUAGUAACCCUGCCCUGAAUCCGAUCCCACCACCGGGCACUGGGAAGAGUUUAGCAUAAGGAUUUCUUUUAAAGCCCAAUAUGACAGUUGCUACUGGAGAUCCUGCAGACGAAGCUGCAGCUCUUCCCGGUCACCCGCAGGACACAUAUAACCCUGAGACCGACCAUGAAUGCUGCGAGAGGGUGGUCAUUAAUAUUUCAGGUCUGCGCUUUGAGACACAGCUCAAGACACUAGCCCAGUUUCCAGAGACCUUACUAGGGGAUCCUAAAAAGAGAAUGAGAUAUUUUGACCCACUCCGGAAUGAGUAUUUCUUUGACCGGAACAGACCAAGCUUCGAUGCGAUUUUGUACUAUUACCAGUCUGGUGGGAGGUUGCGGAGGCCGGUUAAUGUGCCCUUAGAUAUCUUCUCGGAAGAGAUUCGUUUCUAUGAACUGGGGGAAGAAGCGAUGGAGAUGUUUCGGGAGGAUGAAGGUUACAUCAAAGAAGAGGAAAGACCCUUGCCUGAGAACGAGUUUCAGAGACAAGUGUGGUUGCUCUUUGAGUACCCUGAGAGCUCAGGCCCUGCCAGGAUUAUAGCUAUUGUCUCCGUCAUGGUGAUUUUAAUCUCCAUCGUCAGCUUUUGCCUGGAAACUUUGCCCAUUUUUCGGGAUGAGAAUGAAGACAUGCAUGGCAGCGGGCUGAGCCACCCCCCCUACUCCAACAGCAGCAUGGGGUACCAGCAGUCCACCUCUUUCACAGACCCCUUCUUCAUCGUGGAGACACUUUGCAUCAUCUGGUUCUCCUUCGAGUUCUUGGUGAGGUUUUUCGCCUGCCCCAGCAAGGCUGGGUUUUUUACCAACAUCAUGAACAUUAUAGACAUCGUAGCCAUCAUUCCCUAUUUCAUCACCUUAGGGACGGAGCUGGCCGAGAAGCCGGAGGAUGGUCAGCAAGGCCAGCAAGCCAUGUCCUUGGCCAUCCUUCGAGUCAUCCGCUUGGUGCGGGUCUUCAGGAUCUUCAAACUCUCCCGACACUCCAAGGGGCUGCAGAUCCUGGGGCAGACUCUCAAGGCCAGCAUGCGGGAGCUGGGCCUCUUGAUAUUUUUCCUCUUCAUCGGCGUCAUCCUCUUCUCCAGCGCCGUCUACUUUGCCGAGGCCGACGAGAGUGAGUCCCAGUUCCCGAGCAUCCCCGAUGCCUUCUGGUGGGCCGUGGUUUCCAUGACGACUGUUGGCUACGGAGACAUGGUCCCCACGACCAUCGGGGGGAAAAUAGUGGGUUCCUUGUGUGCCAUUGCUGGCGUAUUAACGAUUGCCUUACCGGUGCCCGUCAUAGUGUCUAACUUCAAUUACUUCUACCACCGGGAGACGGAGGGAGAGGAGCAGGCUCAAUAUUUGCAAGUAACCAGCUGCCCAAAGAUCCCCUCUUCCCCUGACCUAAAGAAAAGCAGAAGUGCCUCUACGAUUAGUAAGUCUGAUUAUAUGGAGAUUCAGGAAGGCGUAAACAAUAGCAAUGAGGAUUUUAGGGAGGAGAACUUGAAGACAGCCAAUUGCACCCUAGCUAACACAAACUAUGUGAAUAUCACCAAAAUGCUAACCGAUGUCUAGUCGCUAAAAUCUAGUAACAUAUUUAAAGCUGAAGUGGAACAAUUGCAGAUAUUGAGUGCUGCUCUGCAUUGUAGUUAAUACAGUAUUUUCUACGGUGUAUAUUUGGUUCUGCAUGGGAAGCAAUAGCUGUGUAAGUGACUUUUAACCUUUGAUUUCCACACCGAAUAAGCGUUUGUGCAAAAAAAACCCCAACAAACCAUUUUGUUUCCCUUCUCCCAUCCCAGGCUUGUGGGUUUCCAAAGAUAUGGAAUGGUUGGGCAUUUCGAGCAAUGGGAUGGGGACGCGGGGGGCAGCUCCGGGCCAUCCCAGGGUACCAUGAAAGCCUGUCCCUGUCCCGUGGAGCUGGGUGACAGCCAGCUUCCAGGCAUGGGGAACGGCUGGGAAAGGUCAGGCAGAGCUUAAUGAAGGGAAGAUGCAGUCGUGUGUCCGAAUUGCUUGAAGGCUCGGGUUUCCGCCCCGGGAAUGCCAAGUGCGAACGCAUUGCCCAGGCUCAUGUUUCAUAACUGAAAAUGCUGCAUGCUGCAAUAGUUUCAGCCACUGCAGUAUGCCAGUGUGAGGCCCAGGGGAGGGAUAAUUAGUAUGACGACACAUUAUUUAUUAAGUCUUAAAUUUUCUAUGCUAGGCAUCGGGAGGGAUGAGUAAAUAAAUCAAGCGCUUGGAUUUUAUUUAUUUAUUUAGCUGACACUUCCAUCACCAAUAUUUCCAGGAUCACCAAAGACACCUCCACUGACACAUUGAAAAUGAGUUGGAAAAAGCAUCUUUUUUUAUAUCUAUAUAUAAAACUGGAGCAACUAUGCUGUGGCCUAUAAUAUAUUUAUACUGCAGUGAAAUUUAACCAGUAAUACAGUACAGCUGCAUGGAUAUUUGUUGCAUGAAUCUGAAUAUUUAAUACACACACAAAUAUAUAUUUUCUUAGUAGACUAUACAGUAUUCAUGUUUAUAGUGUUUAUAGAUUCUCCGGUGGCUCGAAGGAGAUUCAUGGGAGUUAAAAAAUCUCCAUUAUAUUUAAAAACUGGAUGGGGAAGGCAUGUGCUGACAACAGUUUGAUAGAUAAUAAGGCAAAGCCUGAGUGUCCGAGCAUCCAGACACAAGAGCCAACUAAUGCAAGCGAGGGAAGGUGAGCUGAAAGUUAAACACCUGCACUCAUUAUGGGGCGAGUAAUUAGUCAUUAAUCUUGGUGCCAUGAGCACAAACCACGGUGGAUCAGAGAGGGCACGAGGAGCAGGUGGAAUAGCAGGUACCGGCUCUCCUGACUUGUUUGUUCAGCAAUUUUCAGCCGUUUCCCAUAUAAUUAUCGUGUGUGUGUAUAUAGAUAUUUAGAGAGCGACUAUAGGGCCAAAUCCUCAGCAAAUGUGAGCACUUGGGGCAUCAGGGGCUUCCCAGCUCAGGGGUGCCGGGAUGGUGGGACACGGGCUGGAGCAGGAUGACCUAUCCUGCAGCACCCAUGGGAUCACCAGGGCAGGGUGCGUUUUGGGCUGGAAAACUCCUUUUCAACCAUGUAGAGCCUCAGGACUGGCGGUUUAUUCCCUUAUGGGGGAGAGGGCACACGCUGAGGGUGGGCUGGAUCUGAGCUGGUGCCUCUGAGCCUUUGCUUUGCCUUCUUCCAGGGUUUUUAGGAGGGGUGAGUCAAGAUGCAGAGACCCUGAGGUUGUUUCUGCUUCGUCUUCAUCCCCAGUGUUAUUUGGGGAUCGGUGGGAGCUGUCGGUCCAGGGGGAUCUCGCCUGCUUUCCCCACCCCUGUCUGGAUUUCUUUGUGUUUUCCCCCCCAUUGCUGACAAUCCAUGGGGACGGGUGCCCUGUUCCUCUGCCAGGUGAGGGGAGGAGGAUGCAAACCUCUUCCAAGAUUGUGGUCGAGCAAAGACUCCCUGGGGUGCAGGAUAGGGUUUAGCAGCCUGUUGAGUUGGGGUGAAUUUGGGCUGAAUUUGGGCACGGCCAGUGCUGUACCGCUGCGGUGAAGUUUGGGCACAAGGAGGGAACCCCAUUGCAGAGUGUGCGAGGGAGGUCAAUCAGAACCUUCCUGAGCUCAGAGAGGAAAACCAUACUAAUAAUAAUAAAAUAAACGGUGCUAGCGUAUUCUACAGCAAUGGUUCAAAAUGCUGCUUUAGGGCCGGAUCCAUCUCUCGUGCUGAUGUGGCUCCACUCAGCCAGGUGGAAUCACUCCUCAUUUUUAUUUUAUUGAUUGCUUGAUUCAGGCCUGGCUAUAAUUAAUACCAAGUGUCCAUGGUUAGUGCACGAGAGUCCUGGCUUCUGCUUGGUGCAGAGGACCAGCAGCAUCAAUGCGUUGGGUCUCAAAGGUGCUCAGCACCACACAGCAUGGGGCCCCCGGCCUGUCUUUACUUACGUCUCAUUAUAUUAGGAGCCCUCUCCUCCCUCUUUGCUGCUGCAGCUCUGAAAUGGGAGCCCCUUGAAACCCAUUAACACCUUAAACACACACAAAAAGAAGCAACUCAACCGAAAGCAAUAAAUCUCUGCUUCUGAAGCUCCUCCUGUCGAAUGGGACGGGGCUGGCGUGAGUCGCUGCCUUGGGCAUAAUUCCCAGGGUGGUCAGCCAGACAGCUUCCAUUGAUCUGGCUCAUGGUGGGUCCAUGGGGAUGUGAGCUUGCAUGGGGUAGCUGCCUGAUGCACCGGGAUGCUGCCCACUCACCCAUGGGUGCCACUAGCACUGGGCGAUCCCAUCCCUGGUGUGUGGGAAAGUGCCAAGGGCAGGUUGCUGCAGGUUUUUGGGGAGGAUGCUGGCACUCAAUGAGACUUUGCAAAGUGCCCAGUUGUUUAAUGCCUGUGGACUUCGGAUGAUUUCGGGGGAGCGUUUGCCAAAGUAUUGGGUGCAUCUUGGAAGUGUGAGUGCCGUUGUGGUUUGGUAAGGAGGAAGAGCAUGGGUUUUUUGGGAUAGGUGUUUUGGGCACGAUGUCCCUGUGGGCUUUCCAAGGCUGGGCAGGAGGUGAGAGCAGGUCCAUGAGCAGGAUCAGACACAUCCAAACCCACACACCAAGCUGGGGGUUCCUGGCUCCCUUAGGGCCGCAUCACAGGGAUGGACAGGACCAAAGAGCAAGAGGCCACGUUCUUCCCGUUGUCACCAAUGUGAGCUGGCAUCCAUCCCCAUGGCAGAGGCCAGCACCACCAGUUCCUUCCUUAGGACGGCUCCUGCACCUCUUGCAUUGACUCAGGCAGAAGUUCCUGGGGAAAACGAGCCCUGGUGGGAGAGCAUCUCUGGGCUGCCCUUGGCACUGUGUUUGGGAAAUAGGGAAAACACCAGGAUAAGCGUUUGGAUGUUUGGCUCUGGGCAAAAAAGGUCUGUGGGGGCCGUGGCUGGAAGCGAUCCGUCAGGCUGCACAAAACAGAAGGGUCCAGGUUUCUCCCCCGCACAGAGAAAUGGUUCCCCUAUAGCUUUUAAUGGGAUUUGUGCCUGCAGGUCGGAGCUCUAGUGCUAUUUCUAGCUUUGCUUCUGACUCACUGAUGUGAUCUUGAACCAGUUUUUCAGGAGGAGACUGUGAUUUAUUUUUUUUUUUCUUGAGGAAUUUGAUUUGAGAGAUUCUGGGCCUGUUUCUGCAGAGACGCUGAGCAUCCAAAAGUCCCCUUGACUCUGAAAUAGUGCAAAAAUGAGCUGCAAAGUGGCUCAGACUGAGGAUGCUAAAUUAGGGACUGGGGAAAGGAAGGGUCCCACCAUCUACGUUAGAUUGCAUCGGGCCACCUAAUGUAGGUGGUCUGGUUCCUCUCCUCCUCCCGUGGACAUGUUUGCCUCUCUGCAGGGGCGGGAUGGAGGACUGAAGCUCUCUGGUCUGCAGAGGAGCUCCUGGGUUGGCACCCAGAGGAGACAAUACGUGUAUUUUAGUUUUAUCUUUUGUGCCAUGGUUUUGGAGAGAUGGAAAGUCGUGAUUACAGUGCAGGUUGUCUUCCAACACCCAACCACAUGCCCAAGCCUGCAAGCAACCCAUCAGAACUUUAAUAUCUUCCAAAAUCUCUGCUAAGGGCAAUGGGGUGAGGCUCAUAUACUGGCUGGACACCACCAAGUGAUUAGGGCUGCUAGGAAAAAAUCAUCUUUAUGGGUCAAUGUGUUUUAUUGGGAAAAGUAAUCCUUGCAGCUAAGUUUUGUGUCGAAGUCCUACAGGUUUGAAUGCUGAGCUAGACAAAGAAAGAGAUCUCUAGAUUGGCGUUAUGAGAGUAUAGCACGUGGGUGUAUAAAUAUGGGCAUAUUUGUGCAUAAAUACACAGAAGGAGAGAAAAAGACAGAGGAGGAGGAGGUAUUUCAGGAAGGGCCUUGCUUUGUUAUCAGAUAAUUCCUGGGUCAGCCCUUGAAAUUGCUGCCAAAGUCUUUUAGCUUUUCCAGAGCUUGAAAUACACUUAGGGAUGGGCUCAAGUGAAGAAGGAAAUCCCGAUCUGGCCUUGGAAGCGGGAGCAUCCUGAGGGGCUGGUGCCGUUUGGCUCUGUGCAUCCCUCAGCAAACUGGCAGCUUUGCAGCAUCUCUGCUCUCGAUCCUGAAUCCCUGGCUUGGGCCCGCCACAACUGUUUCUGUGACUGUGCAGGGAAAGCCAAGCAGAAGUUGAAGGGAUUUGUUUGCGAUGCAAGUGCUGUGCUGCACUGGGUGGGGUUUUUCAGGUGGUUUUUUUUUUGUAAUGGCUUUUAAGUCCCUUGAACCAUGCUGGCUUUUGGUCCCAGGGUGGUGGCAAGAAGCAUCUCCCUGUUUUGGAGCCAGGGUGGGUUUAUCUCAAGUUCUACAUCCAUGGGGAGGGAUCCCAGGGUUUUCUUCUCUCAGUGGGAGCUUGUCAGCGUGCUGGUAGGGUGAAAGGGACUGAGGCGUGAAGAAAGAAGGAGUAGGCCCCAAACCACUUCAUUUUGCACCCAAAAAAAGGCUGUGGCUUCUUCCUUGCACCCCUGGCAGCAUCUGACCUCCUCUGCAUCUAGUGCAUCCCUUGGUCCCUCCUGUUGGGGACCAGCUGCUGCCCUGAGCCCCAACGGGAGACAAGAGUCCCCCCCAUCAUGCACGGGCCACUAUUCUGUCUCUGGCCAAAGCACUGCCCUUCCCCAGGUCCUGUGUGAACGGCACCCCACAGCCUCGGUCUCCCCAUGAUGUUACUGCAUUUGGCUGCCCAAAUUUCAUCCCCCCUUCUCAGAAAUGGGUGUUCCGAUCCUGCUGCAUCCUAUCACGGGAGGAGAGGGACCAGCCUCCGGUGGUGUAAAUCACCCCUGAAAGCACAACACUGAUUUACACCCGGGGAGGAGAUCCCCCAGCCCAGUUGUAUGUGAUGAAAGAUAAAUUCCUUAUCAGUGUUCUUCCUCCGGCGGGGGGGACAGUUUGGCUUGUAGGAGCCGCGGGACAUCAUGUAACCAUGGCCUCAUUGCAAGGUCCAUAUGUGUGUUUAAACCCCCGUGGGGACCACGUCCCCUUCCCAGCCCUGCCUGGCUGUCCUGAGCCUGGGUUGGUCUUUUGGAGUUUUGGAGCUUGUUUUUUGUUUUGGUUGUAUUUUGGUUUUUUUUUAAAUUAUUAUUCGGUUGCCUAUAAGACUGUAAUUAUCCAUUUGCACUUGCUCCCUCGUUGCUUGAGACUGCGCUCUUGUCCUCCAAUGUCAUACGCUGAAGCACAAGGGGAAAAAAUGGGUAUUGGAUCAACCCUGUGUGCGGUGCCUAAUUCGAGCGAAUCAAUAGAAAGAGGAAAUCCAAGAAGGACUCAUCCUAAGGAUGCUGGAGCUGAACCUUUUGUUUCCAUGGUUACGGGAGAAAUGGGACCAGGAAUGGAGAGAGGCCUAUAAACUGUUAAAGGAGGACUCGUGGGAAUUUCAAGUCAUUUAACCAUGCGUUUGCUAGACAAAACUUUAGACACCAGCUGUAUCUGAAUUGCACAGUGUGUAUAGACGUUACUGCUCUUAUUGACGACACGGGGGUGUCCUGGGGGUCGGGUGGAUCUACAGGCUGAGAGGCACCCGAGUCAAUAAGGCUCACCGUUGUAUAUAGGUAUACAGAUCUGUGUACAUACAUAUUCCAAAUGAGCAUUUGCUGUCUGGUUUAUCAUGAGUGUAUAUAAUUUAUUCUUCACAGAUUAUCACGAUUUUUGUAAAUAUCGGCACUAACUAAGAGAAAAUAAAUAUGUAUAUUAUUGAGGA